AUGGCGACAAUUGCCUUACCUAGACCUAUUCCCGCGGGACAUUCGAGAUCAUCUUCACCACCCCACUCGCACCCUUUGACUCCCACACUAAGCCUCGAUUCCAUCAAUGCAUCGCCGCCAUUUCCAAUUCCUAUCCCAAAUAAGCAUCUGCCAGUGUGCCCGACGGGUCCAGCACCAGCGGAGAAACCAGAUACCCCUCCUCACUCUCCCCCAACCAAAGAACUUUCUCUGCCUCAACGAUCACUUCUAUACCCGCCGGUCAAUUAUAAAUCACGUUACGUUGACUCUUCUAUCAUAUAUGAGAUUGAUGCCGCGGGUGUAACCGCUGCUUUGGAACAUUUGGCAUCACAACCUCUGCCUGAUCCUUCUCAGGUCUUUCCCUGGUUUCAUGGCCUGCAUCCUUGCAAUCAUGUCCAGCAGGCAUUUUUCAUACAAAGGCGUCGAACUUUGCGAAGAACGCCGAAAUGUAUUCGAGGUAUAACAAUUGUGAAAGCCGGUGGAGAUUUGACUUGUUCGAGGCUGAAAGGUGCCAUCACUCCUGACGAAUUCCUGAAAUUUGGAUCCACGACACAAUUUCAAGAAGUCGAUCCAAAGGACGGAUUCUCAGUACGAAACUUUCACAUCCAAGCAGCAAAAUCUGCCAUGGUAUCAGAUAUAAUUGUUUAUGGAGACGAUCCCCUCAUCGUUGAGGAAAUGGCGAGACAAAUUGCCGCUGCACAACAAGUUGUUCAACUACAAGAAAUUGCAGAGGGUAAAUCGGAUAAGUGGCAAUUAGGAUUCCCUUCUUCUGGAAUGAUCCAACCACCGUCUUGGGAACAUGACCAAGCCGAUGGAAUUCUUGAAACUUGCAAGUGGAUCUACAAUCUUUCCCACGGAAUUUUACCCGAGGAUGAAGAUGGUGAUAGCCCUAUGACCACCAAUAUAAAGGAAAGAAAGAUCCUGAUGCAUUGUACUGAUGGUUACACUGAAUCCACUCUCCUCGGUCUUGCAUAUUUUACUUAUGCCACAGGUCAUUCUAUUCCCAAAGCCUGGCUUGAUUUGCAUAUUACAAAGAAACACCUUCUACGGCAUUUGGGCAUCAAACAGAUCUUGAGUGUGGGCGAAACCGCAACGUGGAAAGAUGGUGAGAUGGAUAAAUGGGGAAAGGAUAACGUGAUGGUCAUACAGAGAGUGCAGGAUAAUGGGGUAGAUCCAUUGACCGACGAAUUCGGACGAUGUUUGGAUUUUAUUGAAAGAGGAAAACUAAAUAAUACAGCAACUUUGGUCCAUUGUCGUGUGGGUGUUUCUCGAAGCGCAACCAUCUGCAUAGCCGAAGUCAUGCGCACAAAGCAUCUAUCAUUUCCGCGUGCAUAUUGCUUUGUCAGGGCGAGGAGACUAAAUGUUAUUAUCCAGCCACAUUUGAGAUUCAGUUAUGAACUUUUGAAGUGGGAAGAGAAACUCAGGAUGACGGGGGGAAAAUAUGGUGGAAAGUGGCGCGGAAGAGAAUUGGAGUGGGCGGAAAUUGCAAGGGAGAUUGCGGAAAUGAAUAGACCGUACAGUGCUGGUAGAUGA